AUGAGCGCACGCAGCCAGGCGGACGAGGACCGCGACUGGAUUGACCUUGCGCAGGGGAACGAUGUGUGGGAUAUGACAUACAGCUCGGAUACCGAGUCGUACAGUCCAUCGGGGUCGAGCUCGUCGGGAGACGAUCCUGUGCUCGACCACCCCAACGACGCGGUGGUCGUCGUAAGCGAUGGCGAGGACGACCUCGAGAUCCAGCAAGUGCGCAAGCUCAGCGCAGAAGAGAUUCGUAGGCAACGCAUGGAUGCGGCGCGUGCGGCGCUCCGCCGCGCGGCCAAUGCUGCACCACGGCCCCCGCCACCGACCAACGCACUGCUGUCGACGUACAAAUGCUCCAUCUGCCUAUGCCCACCAACGAACGUGAGCGUCACGUCAUGCGGACACAUGUUCUGCGGGGGGUGCCUGUACGAUGCACUCUCGAUGCAGAUGCGCCAGGACGGGCACGAAUGGUCCGAUACAGACUGGCUGGGUGUCAUGGGCGACCCGGCCGCACGAAACGCGCCACGCGGCUCGAACCUCUUUACGCCGUUUGGGAGCAGCGGUGCGCUUGCGUUGGCAAAUGCGGCCGGCAUCUCGUCGUCACCAGCGCGCGAAAUGUUCUCGGAAUGGGUUUCGCAGCGCCAGGCGGGCGGCUCACCGGACGAGGCGCCGCCCGAACAUGCACCCCCGGCUGUGCCCGCGAGCCGCCUGCGCGCAAAUAAUGGUACUGGACGCUUGCGGGGACAUUGCCCUGUGUGCCGCACGACGAUCCAAGGCGGUUUUACCGGCCCUGGCCGCCGUGGCAUCCUGGGACUGGACAUUAUGCUCGGCACACCCGCCGCCGAGCCGCAGCCGUUUGACGUCUCUGUUGACGACCCCUCAAGCGAUCACGAGACGAUGCAAGAGCCGCGCAAACGCGCUCGUGCACAGUAG